AUGGCCACGGAAUCAAGAAAAUCGCACAACGCCACCGUACACCAACGCCGACGCCGCCGUCUACAAACGCUGACGCCGCCGCAUACCAACGGCGACGCCACCGUACACCAACGUCGACGCCGCCGUCUACAAACGCUGACGCCGCCGCUCACCAACGGUGACGCCACAGUACACCAACGCCGACGCCGCCGUCUGCAAACGCUGACGCCGCCGCUCACCAACGGUGACGCCACAGUACACCAACGCCGAUGCCGCCGUCUACAAACGCUGACGCCGCCGCUCACCAACGGUGACGCCACAGUACACCAACGCCGACGUCUACAAACGCUGACGCCGCCGCUCACCAACGGUGACGCCACAGUACACCAACGCCGACGCCGCCGUCUACAAACGCUGACGCCGCCGCACACCAACGGCGUCGCCACCGUACACCAAAGCCGACGCCGCCGUCUACAAACGCUGACGGCGCCGAUCACCAACGCCGACGCCACAGUGCACCAACACCGACACCGCCGUACACCAACGCCGACGUCGCAUCACACCAACGCCGACGCAGCCGUCCACAAAAGCCGACGCCGUCGUCCACCUACGCCGACGCCGCCGUCCAUCGACGCUGACGCCGCCGUACACCGGUGCUGA